GACUAACUAUAGUCUUUUUACUCGUAAAGAGCCGUUGUCUGCGGUUUGCUAAUAGUGUCUAAUCCAAUCCGAAUUUCUUCUGUCCAAUCAGGGCGCGCCGCCUCUAGAGUAAACGGAACUCACGUGGAGAAUUUGGCUAAACUUCAUUGUUAGAGCUGUCAACCAUGAAAAGGCUUCUCCAGCGGUCCACUAUAAAACCCCUGGAAGAGAGAGAGAGACGGACAAGAGCUCCUUCAUUCUGCCGUCUUGGACUCUAAUCAACGCAAGCCUCUGCAUUGAGAGUAGUAGCACGUGAAUUCCUCGCUGUCAUUUUCUUUAAAAACGGUGCAAUGAUGUUGCCAAGUGUUAUUGCGCCACCUGCUAUGUAUCCGAACUUUCUGCGGCCCUCGGCGGCUCUUUCCUUGCCUCCCUCUUUACAUUCGGCGUUCACCACGCACUCGAGUUUCCUGGUGGACGACCUGUUGCGGAUCAGCAGACCUGCCAACUUCAUGCACAGGAGCAUUCCGUCCCCAAGUGCAUCUCCUCCGGCCACAGGAGCCACAACUCUGAACAACUCCUCCGCAGUCCACAUCGCCAUGUCUACGUCUUUGCCAAAAAGAUCAAGCUCUCCACAAACAUCAAUUUCCAACGAUCCAAAUUACUUGAAGUUUGGAGUGAAUGCGAUUCUCGCGUCAACAACACGAAACGCUUCACCACCACCUUCAGUGCAAGGGAUGAAUGUGAAAACAUUUCCGUUCCCAUGUUUUGACGGCUCAUUCCACCCAUUCAUCAGAGCAUCAUAUUUCCCAGCAUCGUCCUCAGCAGUGCCCAUUCCCGGGACUUUCGCAUGGCCACUCACGGCUCGAGGGAAGCCAAGAAGAGGAAUGCUUCGACGGGCAGUCUUCUCUGACGUGCAGCGCAAAGCAUUGGAAAAGAUGUUUCAGAAACAGAAAUACAUCAGCAAACCAGACAGAAAGAAAUUGGCGACGAAACUUGGCCUCAAAGACUCUCAGGUAAAAAUUUGGUUCCAAAACCGAAGAAUGAAAUGGCGCAAUUCCAAAGAAAGAGAGCUUCUGUCGUCAGGAGGUUGCAGGGAACAAACAUUGCCGACGAAAUUGAACCCCAAUCCUGACCUUAGCGACGUUGGGAAAAAGUUUGAAAAUGACGCGGCUCUGAGAGAAAGCCCGCGCGCGCCUAUAUUUCAGGCGGGCAGAGAUCACGAGCUCAACGCAGAUUUCCAUUUCAAUUCGCCUUCCAUUUCCAGCAAGCACUCAGACUUCUCAGAAUCAGAGGACGAGGAAAUAACCGUGUCAUAAUCAUUAAACAGACUAUGUAAUUUCCAAUGAGUUAUGUUCAUGCACAAAACUGGAGAAAAACUUGUUUGACACAGUAGCUGUGUGAACUUUAUUGAUAGGAAAGCUUUCAGUCCAAGAGAGAAUGUUGUAACCGCUGCGUUUUUGGCAGCUUGUAUAGCGUUUUGUAUGAAUAUUUUGUAUGGAAUUUUUAUACUAAGAUUAUUAUAAUCUUUCUUAAUGGUUUGGGAUACUUUGUCUAUAAUCUUAAAUACGUAGAUGGCACAUUUCUAACUUAAAAAUCUUAUAUUAUUUUGUAUACUGAUGUUUUUUGUAAAAAUGUAUAUACAUGUGAAAAAAAUAUUUUUACAAAUUAAAAAUCCAAAGCAAAAUACCAAAAUUUUCAUUUUUGUCUCCAUUGAAAUUAAAAUUGUAUGUUCUUUACAUGGCCAUGCAUACAAUAACUGUAUAUGAUUUUUUGCCUAAUUGAUUUUGCCUCUUAAUUUACAAGCAAUAUUUGUAACUGAGUGUCUGUUUCAACAAACUCCUGAAGUUUAAAAAAAAAAGGGGGGAAAAAAGUUAUGAAAAAAAUAAUCACAUUUCCCAGUAGUUAUGGUUCCUGAUAUUAUCAGACCUGCCAGUAAUAUCAAUGAAACAAUUUGAUGACUUGUUUACUCCUUCCUCAACUUCUAAAAAACACAAGUGUUGACUGUUUGCAACUGAAUAAAUGACAGAAACUGAUAUUUGGACAGGAAAAUGAUCACAUUUAUUCCAAAAAGGGUAACAUGAGAUCACUACACUGAAAAACAUCAUUAAACAUUAACAACUUUAAAACUCUUAAAAACUACACCAACAAUGAGGCAAAUAUUUACAAAAAUACAGUACAACAGAAAAUAUACACAAAUAAAAUCAAAACUCAGUCUUACUUCUAAAAUUACCUGCAAUUUAUGGAAAAUUAGAUGCUAUUUGCCUCUUAUUAUUUUAAUUUAACUCAUUUCAACAGGCUAUAUUCACACAAAUGUUUUCACAUAUAGAUGUGUUUAAAGUGAAAAAAAAAAAUCUUGGCAGUACUUGAAACAAAGCAAGAUUAUUUGGCGGUAUAUAACACAGAAAAACACAAACAAGAAAAGAAA